AUGACUAUCAUAUUAGGUCUUUCGGUCUGUGCUUUCUUUUUACUAGGUAAUGUGGAACCAGGCAACUCUCAGCUAUGGGGGCCAUAUGCGAAUCCUUUGUUAAAACUACAGGGAUUGGAAAUUGGAGUAAACGCUCAAAAUCUGGAUAAUUUUGCACAGUCGCAAUCUCAAUCGCAAUCGCAAUCGCAGCUGGAGUCACAGAUACUGCCAUCUGAUGCUACUCUAAGUAGAGGUCAACCAUUUAAUGGCAUUAAACGUCUUUCGGAGGAAGCGAUUGCUCGGCCUCUGGUCCCAGAGAUCUUACAAAAGCCUCAGCUUCUGCUAAUACCGGAUUCAGACAAAGUAUCACACAACUUAAUUCAGAAGCAGUUACAGUCACAGGAACAGUCGCAGACACAGGAACAGACGCCGGCACAGAAACAGUCCCAGUACCAGUCACAGUUACUGUCCCAGUUGCAACCACAGAUACAAUCACAGUUAGAGUCUAAUCGUCAGUCACAGUCGCAAUUACAGGACCAACAACAGGCUGAAAUCCAGAAGUUCGAUGUUGGUCACUCAAUUCCGCCAGUAUCAAAGCAACCAAUUUAUAUCUUUGAUUCGCUACCACAGCCGCAACCUCAGUAUGUGCUAUUUCCAACUCAGAAUUGGCCAGUUCAGCAGAACCCAAAUCAUCGUAAGGUGAUAAUUCCGAAUUGGUCAACCAGCAGACGCCGGAAUCCAUUUAUCAUACUUCCUCAACCUCAGGAAUUAGACCCACGUUUACUGAUAAUUAAUCCUCAACUAGAUCCAAGACCCAAUGUUUAUAUAUGGAAUUCACCGAAACAGAUAAAAUCGAACCCCAGCUUUCACACUGAUCAAUUACUUAAAUGGAUCCAAUAUAAAAAAGAUAGGGAUCGUAAAGUUGACCAAUUGGAGAGACAGAUAAUGGAACUAAAGCAACGAAAUCCUUUUAAUUUACCUACUGAUCUCCAACUAAGACCAGAAAUCCCAGCCGUUGAGAACCCAUUUCCAUUAGGAUCACCUUCCCAAAUACAGUCCCAAAUUACAUCACUCUCCUCAGGAAAACAAUUACAGUCCCAGCAAAAUUCGCAAUCUUCUGGAUCACAGUCCCAGUUGCAGUCACAGCUUGAUUCAAAGUCAGGCGGUCAAUCAUCUGGAUCACAGUCCCAGUUGCAGACACAGUUAGGCUCCGACUCAACCGGAUCACAGUCCCAAUUUCAGUCACAGCUGGACUCACAAUCUUCUGGAUCACAGUCCCAGUUGCAGUCACAGUUAGAUUCACAAUCUUCUGGAUCGCAAUCCCAGUUGCAGUCACAGCUUGAUUCAAAGUCAGACGGUCAAUCAUCUGGAUCACAGUCACAGUUUCAGUCACAGUUAGGCUCUGACUCAAUUGGAUCACAGUCCCAAUUUCAGUCACAGCUGGACUCACAAUCUUCUGGAUCACAGUCCCAGUUGCAGUCACAGUUAGAUUCACAAUCUUUUGGAUCGCAAUCCCAGUUGCAGUCACUGCUUGGUUCAAAGUCAGACGCCCAAUCAUCUGGAUCACAGUCACAGUUAGGCUCUGACUCAAUUGGAUCACAGUCCCAAUUUCAGUCACAGCUGGACUCACAAUCUUCUGGAUCACAGUCCCAGUUGCAGACACAGUUAGGCUCCGACUUAACUGGAUCACAGUCCCAGUUGCAGUCACAACUUGAUUCAAAGUCAGAUGGUCAAUCAUCUGGAUCACAGUCCCAGUUGCAGACACAGUUAGACUCCGACUCAACCGGAUCACAGUCCCAAUUUCAGUCACAGCUGGACUCACAAUCUUCUGGAUCCCAGUCCCAGUUGCAGUCACAGUUAGAUUCACAAUCUUCUGGAUCGCAAUCCCAGUUGCAGUCACAGUUUGAUUCAAAUUCAGACGGUCAAUCAUCUGGAUCACAGUCACAGUUUCAGUCACAGUUAGGCUCUGACUCAAUUGGAUCACAGUCCCAAUUUCAGUCCCAGCUGGACUCACAAUCUUCUGGAUCACAGUCCCAGUUGCAGUCACAGUUAGAUUCACAAUCUUUUGGAUCGCAAUCCCAGUUGCAGUCACUGCUUGAUUCAAAGUCAGGCGGUCAAUCAUCUGGAUCACAGUCCCAGUUGCAGACACAGUUAGGCUCCGACUCAACCGGAUCACAGUCCCAAUUUCAGUCACAGCUGGACUCACAAUCUUCUGGAUCACAGUCCCAGUUGCAGUCACAGUUAGAUUCACAAUCUUCUGGAUCGCAAUCCCAGUUGCAGUCACUGCUUGGUUCAAAGUCAGACGCCCAAUCAUCUGGAUCACAGUCACAGUUUCAGUCACAGUUAGGCUCUGACUCAAUUGGAUCACAGUCCCAAUUUCAGUCACAGCUGGACUCACAAUCUUCUGGAUCCCAGUCCCAGUUGCAGUCACAGUUAGAUUCACAAUCUUCUGGAUCGCAAUCCCAGUUGCAGUCACUGCUUGGUUCAAAGUCAGACGCCCAAUUAUCUGGAUCACAGUCCCAGUUUCAGACACAGCUGGACUCACAAUCUUCUGGAUCACAGUCCCAGCUGCAGUCACAGCUUGAUUCAAAGUCAGGCGGUCAAUCAUCUGGAUCACAGUCCCAGUUGCAGACACAGUUAGGCUCCGACUCAACUGGAUCACAGUCCCAAUUUCAGUCACAGCUGAACUCACAAUCUUCUGGAUCACAGUCCCAGCUGCAGUCACAGCUAGACUCACAAUCUACUGGAUCACAGUCCCAGUUGCAGUCACUGCUUGAUUCAAAGUCAGGCGGUCAAUCAUCUGGAUCACAGUCCCAGUUGCAGACACAGUUAGGCUCCGACUCAACCGGAUCACAGUCCCAAUUUCAGUCACAGCUGGACUCACAAUCUUCUGGAUCACAGUCCCAGUUGCAGUCACAGUUAGAUUCACAAUCUUCUGGAUCACAGUCCCAGCUGCAGUCACAGCUUGAUUCAAAGUCAGGCGGUCAAUCAUCUGGAUCACAGUCACAGUUGCAGACACAGUUAGGCUCCGACUCAACUGGAUCACAGUCCCAAUUUCAGUCACAGCUGGACUCACAAUCUUCUGGAUCACAGUCCCAGCUGCAGUCACAGCUUGGUUCAAAGUCAGACGCCCAAUCAUCUGGAUCACAGUCCCAGUUUCAGUCACAGUUAGGUUCCGACUCAACUGGAGCACAGUCCCAAUUUCAGUCACAGCUGGGCUCACAAUCUUCUGGAUCACAGUCCCAGUUGCAGUCACAACUUGAUUCAAAGUCAGAUGGUCAAUCAUCUGGAUCACAGUCCCAGUUGCAGUCACAGUUAGAUUCACAAUCUUCCGGAUCACAGUCCCAGUUGCAGUCACAGCUUGGUUCAAAGUCAGACGCCCAAUCAUCUGGAUCACAGUCCCAGUUUCAGUCACAGUUAGGCUCCGACUCAACUGGAUCACAGUCCCAAUUUCAGUCACAGCUGGGCUCACAAUCUUCUGGAUCACAGUCCCAGUUGCAGUCACAGCUUGAUUUAAAGUCAGGCGGUCAAUCAUCUGGAUCACAGUCCCAGUUGCAGUCACAGCUUGGUUCAAAGUCAGACGCCCAAUCUGGAUCACAGUCCCAGUUGCAGACACAGUUACGCUCCGACUCAACUGGAUCACAGUCCCAAUUCCAGUCUCAGCUAGGUUCACAAUUAUCUGGUUCACAGUCCCAAUCGCAGUCACAGUUAGAUUCACAAGCUUCUAGUUCACAGUCCCAAUCGCAGUCACAGCUUAAUUCCCAGUCUUUAGGAUCACAGUCCCAGUUGCAGUCACAACUUGAUUCAAAGUCAGGCGGUCAAUCAGGAUCACAGUCCCAGUUGCAGACACAGGUAGGCUCCGACUCAACUGGAUCACAGUCCCAAUUUCAGUCACAGCUGGGCUCACAAUCUUCUGGAUCACAGUCCCAGUUGCAGUCACAGCUUGGUUCAAAGUCAGACGCCCAAUCUGGAUCACAGUCCCAGUUGCAGACACAGUUACGCUCCGACUCAACUGGAUCACAGUCCCAAUUCCAGUCUCAGCUAGGUUCACAAUUAUCUGGUUCACAGUCCCAAUCGCAGUCACAGUUAGAUUCACAAGCUUCUGGUUCACAGUCCCAAUCGCAGUCACAGCUUAAUUCCCAGUCUUUAGGAUCACAGUCCCAAUCGCAGUUACAGGCAAGGUCACAGAUAGACAGAACGGCCUUACCAGAGUCGCUAAUACACAUUCAUGGGCCUUUCCCACAUCAGGAAAAUUUAGCUGAAGCCAAUCGACUAAAUCGUUUUAAAAAUGCUAAAAUCAAUGUGGUUACGUCUGAAUACGAAGUAUACAAUCCACCAAAUUACCUCACGCAUGCGGAAAUUUUGGAUAAUUCUAGGCUGACAACUGUUGACCUCAUUGAGAAAUACGGCUAUCCAUCUGAGACCAAUUACGUGACCUCCGAAGACGGCUACAAGCUUUGUUUGCAUCGUAUUCCGCGUCCUGGUGCUGUGCCAGUUUUGCUGGUCCAUGGCCUAUUGGCCAGUUCUGCCUCAUGGGUGGAACUUGGACCCAAGGAUGGACUGGCAUAUAUCCUUUACCGGAAGGGUUACGACGUCUGGAUGCUGAAUACCCGAGGCAACAAAUACUCCCGCGAGAAUUUUAAUCGACGACUGCGACCACGAAAGUACUGGGACUUCUCCUUCCACGAGAUCGGCAAGUUUGAUGUACCCGCUGCCAUCGAUCAUAUUCUGGUUCGCACCCAUAAGCCGAAGAUCCAAUACAUUGGCCAUUCGCAGGGCUCCACUGUAUUCUUCGUGAUGUGCAGUGAAAGACCCAAAUAUGCACAUAAGGUGCAUCUAAUGCAAGCCCUUUCCCCAACGGUUUAUCUGCGGGAAAACCGCAGUCCAGUGCUAAAGUUCCUCGGAAUGUUCAAGGGAAAGUAUUCGAUGCUUCUGAAUCUUCUGGGCGGCUACGAGAUCUCAGCGAAAACGAGGCUUAUCCAGCAGUUCCGCCAGCACAUUUGCUCCGGCUCAGAGCUUGCCAGCCGCAUCUGCGCCAUCUUUGACUUUGUGCUCUGCGGAUUCGAUUGGAAGAGCUUCAACGAGACCCUCACUCCCAUUGUGGCUGCCCAUGCGUCCCAAGGCGCCUCUGCCAAACAGAUCUACCACUAUGCACAGCUGCAGGGUGACCUGAAUUUCCAGCGAUUCGAUCAUGGAGCCGUCCUGAAUCGCGUUCGCUACGAGUCCAGCGAGCCACCUGCCUACAAUCUUUCGCAGACGAUCAGCAAAGUGGUGCUCCAUCACGGCGGAGGCGACUGGCUGGGAUCCACCUCGGACGUGAUCCGGCUGCAGGAGCGUCUGCCCAAUCUAGUCGAGAGCCGGAAAGUCAGUUUCGAUGGCUUCUCCCACUUCGACUUCACGAUCUCCAAGGAUGUCCGUCCUCUACUCUAUAGUCACGUCCUGAGGCACAUGGCAGCCCAUCUCAGUGGCUAGGACAAUUACGGCAUUACCGCUUGAAAGAGUCGGUUCGUUUCAUCAAUCGAGUAAUUGCGAUAGGAAUCUAGCUUCACUAUAAUAUAGGUGCUACUAAUUAUUACAUAUAUGUACAAUUUUA